CCAACAGCCAGCUGAGAGCGGGACAGAGGGCAAACCCAGAGGCUCUGGCAAGGGCAGGGAUUGCCACCCUGGGUGCCCUGAGGCCCCUCUGUGCCGGGAGGGCAGAGCUGGCCAAUGGCUGCCUGGGCACGAUAGCACCCAAAAACCGGUGACAGCAGUGAGGAGCAGGUAAGUGGAGUUCACCUCUCCUGAGGGCAGGAAGAGGUUAGGGUGGGGGAGGAGACGGUCCCAGCCUGGGAGAGUUCUGGGUCACACACAGCUCUCCACGGUCAAGGAACUGAAAGAUGUGUUCCCACAGCUCCUGAAUCUCCAUGGGGAUGUUGGAAUGGUGCCCCACAUUCUGGGGGAUGUGGGGCUGGGAUGGGAUGGCAGCAGAGACACAGCCUGGCUGGGGACUGUCCACAUGCUGUCCUGGGGAGUACCCACAUCCCCUGUGGUGGUGAUGGGACAAUGGUUUCCUCAAAGGGCUCCCUGAGGAACUGCCAGRCUCAGCCACAGCCCAGAGCCCUGCCCUGGACUGUGCUGGCAUCUCCCAGUGGCAGUGCCCUGCCUGGGACACAGAGUGGGGGAUGCUGACCCAGGAACCAAGUCCCUUCCAGACAGCAGCAGAGCCCUGGGGGCUGAACCCCAAGGAUGGGGAAUCUGCCCAGCCGGGUAAAGCCACUCAGCAUCCCAGCAGCAUCUGCCAACAUUUCACAGCCUCCUCUGCCCACUCAGGCAGUCCCCAGCAGUUUCCAGGCCCUGGCCCUCUGUGACUUCCCCUCCGGUGUUGGGGUGGCUGCUGUCCUGAGAAUGGGGGAGCAGGUCCACGUCCUCUCGGAGGAUGGGGAGUGGUGGCUAGUGGCAUCCAAGGUGUCUGGCAAGGAGUGCUACAUUCCCAGCAGCUGUGUGGCCAAGAUCAGGCACGGGUGGCUCUACGAGGGCGUCAGCCGGCAGAAGGCCGAGGAGCUGCUGCUCCGUCCAGGCAACGACAGCGGGUCCUUCCUGAUACGGGAGAGCCAGAGCAGGCAAGGCUGCUACUCCCUGUCAGUGCGGCACGGCAAGAGUGCUGCCUCGGCCUCAGUAACUCACUACCGUAUCCACCGGCUCGACAAUGGCUGGCUCUACAUCUCAGCCCGGCUCACCUUCCCCAGCCUGCACAACCUGGUGGAGCACUACUCUGAGUUCAGUGAGGGGCUCUGCUGCUGCCUCAGCCAGCCCUGCUGCACAGGAGGCCCGAGGGCAGCCCCAAACCCCACAACGCCUGCUGUCGUCAGGAAUCCAUCGCUCCACUGGGAUAAGAUCGAGAGCUCCCUCCUGUUCUCGGAGACCACAUCCCCACCUGAGGACUCUCUCAUCAGCCAGGGCCUGCGGGAAGCCAUCAGCUCUUACCUAAUGCUCUCGGAGAGGUCAGAGGAGACUGACACUCCCGAGCUGGAGCCCACAGGGAAGGCAGUGAAGAACAGCUGAGGACAGGGCUCCACCUGGCCACAGCUCUGUGGCAGACACUGAUACCCCAGGUCAGCCUUCUCCUGCUUUCAGUGUCUCGGUGGUGCUGGGGCCAGCGGAGCCAGGCAGGCUGUGAGGCUGGAGGAAACAGUGGCACAAGGGCCCGUCCUUCCUUCACUGUGGGACGGGAUGCCUGAACACCGAGUCUCACCUGACACCCAAGGGAGGAGGAGGCAGAGACUGCACAGAGAAGGAACCCUGCGGGCCCCACAGGCUGCCACAGCAGCAGAGAGGAUGGAAAUGUUCAACAAACCGAAUCCUGGCGCAGGUGGAGGAACAGCACAACCACAUCAGACCUCUCAAGUUCAAGCACAACCAUUUGAGGGGUAUGGGUGUCUUGUGCAGAACAGGGACUGUGAGCAGCAGCCAUGAACCCUCAGAGUGUUCUCACCACCAUAACUCACCAUUCUGCUUGCUGGGACCAGCAUCCGGGGAGGAACCAGCCCAUGACUAUGCCCAAAGCAGCUGAUUUUUAAACCUUUUAACACAAAGACUGUAAGUUCCAUAAAACAGGAUCCUGCUGGACAUGCAGCAGUGACCAUCUGUAAUGUCUCAAUUAAAAGGCACCCCCUUCACAGCUCAGGCUUGGUGAACUCAUUGUGACUUGCCGCUGGGGCAUUUCACUGCCACAAACUGGGGGARUUUGC